AAUUAUAACUAGGCAACGAAAUACCGUCUAAAUACUGAAGAAAGUCCCUAUGGGUGUCUAAAGGUUCCUAAAAGUGUCAUCGGUAAAAAUAUUUAAUUUUUCAAAAUGGCAGUUAAUUCAAACGAGGAUAAAGUUUUUCGUAUAAGUAAUCGUUUAUGCGAAUUUUCACACAAUGGAGCAUAUUUGGCUAUUGCGUUUCAAACGAAUCUGCUUAUAAAAGAUACAAAGACUCUCGACACUUGUCAAUCGUAUGUGUUUACAGACGUGAUACAGUAUAUAGAAUGGUCCUCAAACAGCGAAUAUAUCUUAUGCGCAAACACAAAAAAGGCAAUUAUUCAGGUAUAUUCGAUACAUUAUCCCGACUGGAAAUGCAGACUAACGGAAGGCAGCGCAGGUUUGCAAGGUGUUACAUGGUCGCCAGAUAGCAAGUAUAUUAUCACUACAGCGGAUUUUAAUAUUCAAAUAUCUAUGUGGAACUUGGAAGAGCAUACUGUAUCGUAUAUACAAAAUUUAAAGACUUCUGCUUUCGAUAAGGUGCAUUUCAGUCCAAGUGGUGACAGAUUGGCCGUGAUAGUUACAGAAGAAGGCAAGGAUCAAGUAGAAAUUUAUAAGACUGAUAGUUGGAAGAUAAGUCGAAAACUUCUUUGUGACCGUUUAUGCAGCAUCGACGGAAUCCGCUGGUCGCCUAAUAACGAAUUAUUAUGCAUAUGGUGCUCCUCCCCCGCCGAACCUAAAUUAAUUGUUUAUUCCACUGUAUGGGAGAAACCCGUAGUUGUAUUUUCCCCAUUGGAUACAGCACAACCCUCCGAACUAACAUAUAAUUAUGGAAAGGAACUGAAAGGAAUCGAAAAAGUCGAAUGGACUCCUAGCGGUCAAUUUUUAGCUGUAAUUGGAUUUAAUGAAGUAGUCGUUCUUCUCAAUUACAUCACAUGGAAGCCACUAUCGCAAUUAUAUUUGGAUCCAGUGAUUAGAGAGUGUAAUUACUUGACAAAAGUUUACAAGGAAUGCGUCGAUCCGAAGAAGAUUUGCAAUAAACGCUUAGCGUCUUGCGAGGAACGUACUUUACGUGAAGUACACGAACGACCUAUAUGUAUAGAAAUUGGGAGAAAAGACAGUAAUGACAAUUUCUCGGUAGCAAAAUUUCAACUGUUCGAGUUCAGCGCAUGCGGGCAAUAUUUAGCGCUGAAACACGAUUUGUAUCCUACCACAUUAUGGAUAUGGGACAUUUUGACGGAUUAUCUCGAUUAUCUGUUACUUGAGAGUCCUGUAACGGCUAUCAAGUGGAAUCCCAUUCAUCCACGACUGCUUGUGUUCUCUGAAUGUAUACGCGUCUAUGAAUGGACUCGGCAAGGCGUAAGAUCUGUACCAUUGAUUAAAAAUAUGUCAGCUAUAGAUGCACAUUGGCAUCCCGCGGGAAAAAAAGCACUAUUGUAUAGUUACAACAAAGCAAUGAUUUAUGAUAUUGCGUAAUAAUAGUAAUAUGUAUAUAUAUAUAUAAAUAAUAACGUGUGUUUGUAAUUUGAUUGGCUACCAAAUAUAUUUAAAACGAAUUUAAAAACA